UACACACCGAUCAUAAUGCGAAGAAAUGAACGGUAGGGUAAUACCGGGCUUCUCUGCUAAAUCGUGUGAAUGGGGUGGAUGCGAUGUAAAUUACACGGCACUUCAUGUUUUGUAGGACCGAAGCACAAAUUAGCUUUGAUGUGCAUCAAAUGAGGAUGCGGAUCAGAAAUAUUGGGCCUUGAAUCUGUUGAGAGCAGUCCUAAAGGUACGGCACUGCCUCUCUUAGGACCUUGCGGGCUGCCCUCCAGUUCCGGCACGUGAUUUUGUGGAUAAGCCGCUGGUGCCAAUGGCUAAAGGCUGUGCCUGGGGCGGUUCCUAAAAAUAUGCUUGAUCGAGUGGGCGUGGUAGUUUUUGAACCGGGCCGGUGCUAAGAAAACGUGCAGAUCAACAUAAAUGCAGCCUUUAAUACCAUUCACCACAUAUUUGAACUUGUUAAGGCGUGCAGCAGUUCUUCUGGGCGGCUUUCACCGCCGUUCGCUACGCUCUUCGUUCUCCAAGUUUGUUUUAUGUCUUUGUUGCCGCUACACGCUCUUACGGGCCGUGUUUACCAUUCGCAUCAAAUUUACCAUUUCUUAUCCUCACGAAUCUCAUCGUGUUUAUUUCGUGGUCGCAAUGGGGACAAAUCACCGUUUCGCUACAAAUCCGUUCUUUUGUUGGUCUGGCGUAGAACAUAGCACAUCUCCCGGUCACUGCGGUCCAGUGCAUUAUUUGCUAGUAAUCUGGUUUUCAAGUCUCGCCAAUUUUUAUUGUAUUUACGCUUUGCUGUGCAGAAGGCCAAGAGAAAGUCACACCGUGUUGCCAAACGUGAAUAAACUACUUGUAAUGGAACAAGGUAUUGCAGAGUGA